CACGCGUCUGUACGCCCAUUGAAGCAGACGCGUGCGCUGGCUGCAAGAGAAGGACCGUAUAUCUGACACCGCGUUCGAUUCCUGACCAGCGAAAUCCAACCAUGGUCUAAAGACUACCACCACAGGAACACACAGUGCGAAUAUCUGAAGAUCCUCUUUUUGUCACUCGCCGCGCCAGCUCACCCGCAUGUACAUCCACUCUCGAUUGAUCAUCACUUGACGCAAUCACAACAUGAUCAUCUCAACCCUUUUUUGUCCUAAGAUGUGCAGCAGUCACAAGUACGCGGACGGACAUCAUUCCGAUUCUUUUCGCCUGUCAAACAGCCUGCCGCAGGUGCUAUUCCGAUCACAAUACCAGCAAUCUCGCUUACUAGCUCACGCCAGCGUCACCCACCUGGAGGACAAGAGAAAGAGAGAGAUGAACGCAUCCGGAAUCGUGCGAGGAAGGACAAUUUGCACAUUCUGCAACAGCCAAGGAAGUGCGAGGUAUUCAUUCACUAAGACCAUAAUCACCGCCACCGAGUGCAAGAUGGUCAUUGACCAAGUCGAGCGACCUCCUUUGUCUCCACUCAUCCGGAAACCCAGUGCUCUUCUCCACACGCAUAUACUUUGCGAUCGACCAGGCUGCCAGUCUAAGCAAUCGCGCCCGAGCAUCGCGCCAUGUAAAGGAACAGCGCAGAUCCGCAACGAUGAUCACGUCAAGAGUCGAGCGAGGCGCCUGGAAGACGAUGGACACCAGCCCCUGCUCGCCGGUCAGCCUUUCGUCGGCGUUCUCUGCACUGCUCAACAACACGCUUCAUCCCAUACUCUCGCUCACCGUAGCGCUCGCGCGGCUGUUCACCUUCCUUUCGUCACGAGGCAGGGCUGGUAGCCGCCGCUUCAGGCGCAGCACCCUUACUGCCACCCAUCACCAUCAGCGCAGCCUCCAUGGACGCUUUCGAAUCCACUCUUAGAGAUCAUGCUUUGCAUUUCACUCUGUCGCAAGAAUGUAGCGCGCUUGCCACCACUGGACUAGGGCCGUGGCCGCCCUCCGAGUCGCAAAGCUCGCUGGACGCGGCACCACCAGUAGCCCCUCACUUCACCACUUCAUCGUCUGACC